AUGGACUAUAAGGCACUUGCCCAACAAACUGCUCAAGAAAUUUUAGGUUACUAUCAAGAUACAUCAGGCUGGAAAGUGGUUAAGAAUUCAAAAAAAAUAACUGUUUCCAGCAAGGCUUCUAAAAAAUUCCAUGGAAAUCUAUAUCGUGUUGAAGGAAUGAUUCCAGAAUCGACAUCUAAACUAUCUGAUUUCCUCUUCAAACCUGAAAACAGAGUCAGAUGGGACAAUUCAUUGAAAAUGUACAACAUGGUACUAAAGAUUGAUUCGGAUACAUUCCUGUGUCAUACCAUUACACAAAGUUUUGCCAUGGGCUCAAUUUCCCCCAGAGACUUUAUCGACUUAGUCUCUUUGAAGCACUACGAAAGAAAUAUGGAUGUUAUCAGUUCUACUAGUGUGGAUUUUCCAGCAUAUCCUCCAUCCUCAAGUUACAUCCGAGGUUAUAACCAUGCUUGUGGCUAUAUAUGUUUACCUGUGCAAGAGAAUCCAGCAUAUUCCAAACUAGUGAUGUUUGUUCAGACAGAAAUGAGAGGAAAAUUGGCCCCAUCGAUAAUUGAAGCAACCAUGCCUUCCAAUUUAGUAAGCUUCAUGCUCAAUGUAAAAGAUGGAAUAAAGACACAAAAAAUUCCAUCAAGACGUGGAUAUCAUCAUAAUGGGCAUUCAUCAUUCCUAAAGAAGAAAUGA